UGCUGGUCCACCGUAGUUACGUACGAAGUAGUAGGCGCGUACGCUACGGUGUAGCUCCUGAAUGCUAAGCUAACACCAGUAAUCCUUCCUUUAACUUAAAACUGUGUCUCAAUGGAGAGUAUAAACGCAAAGUACGUGUCUCAGAAAGUCAGUAAAACCAGAUGGAGGCCGGUAUCUCAUUCGUCUUUGCAGCAACCAGACAUAUUUGCGACUGGCUCGUGGGAUAACGAGGUUGGCAAUGAUAAUAAGAUUUCCUUUUGGUCCAUUGGGAAUAAUGGAAGUUCUGGCAUGGAUGAUGGAUUUGAAGGAGACCCACAGCUUUUAUGUGAACACAAGCAUGAUGGGGAUGUUCUGGACCUUCAGUUUUUGGACCAAGACAGAAUUGUCACAACAUCGUCAACAGGAGCAGUCACCAUCUUCCGCCACCACCAAAACAGUCAGACGAUAUCAGUUUCUCAGCGCUGGCCAAGAGCACAUCGUUACCCUUGUGACAACGCUCCCUGUACUGGUGUUGUGUGCAGCAGUCCUGAGAUCAUCACAGUCGGUGAAGAUGGAAAGAUCAUUGUCUUCAGGGCCGACCAGGAGGGAGUGGUUCGAGUCAUAGAGAAUGCGGACAGCAGCACGAUUCAUGCAGUGACGUACCUGAGGACAACAGAGAUUCUGACGGUGAACUCGAUCGGCCAACUCAAGCUGUGGGACUUCAGACAACCUAGCAACUCGCCAUCCCAGAUUCUCUCCCUUUCAGGCGAUAGAGUCCCUCUGCACUGCGUAGACAGACAUCCGAACCAACAGCACAUUGUUGCCACAGGAGGGCAGGACGGCAUGCUCUGUGUCUGGGACGUGAGACAAGGCAGCACACCCUUCUCACUCAUGGAGGCGCACUCUGCUGAAAUGUGGGAAGUCCACUUCCACCCAGCCAACCCAGAUCAUCUGUUCACAUGCUCAGAGGACGGUUCACUGCUGCACUGGGAGACUUCCACACAUUCAGACAUGCCCUCCUUCUUACAAGGUGGCAGGAACAACAGCAUGAUAUCUCGCAGUGCGAUGGCCCCGGCUGGUGGGAAUCAGUCCCUCAUCAGCGCCUGGCUCAGCGGAGACUCCAGUAAAGGCCGUCUGGAGACGACUCACAUGCUGCCCAGCCAGACGCUGUCCGUCAACAGCUUGGAUGUACUUGAACAAUGUCUUGUCUGUGGGACUGACGGAGAGGCCAUUUUUGUCAACAGACAGGUCCCAGUUUAAAUAAGUUGUUAGUGCGCAGGACAAGAUGUGAAUGAAGAUCUGUUUAUUUGCUGCCAUUUUCAGCCACAACACGGGUUUUAUCGUCUCAUUUGAGCAUGUAAUAUGCCCAAAAUCCCAUAUAAUUUUGCAUACAAACUUUAUUUGUCCAUUUCUGGAUGGAUUCAUCAAUGGAUCAAGGUUUUUGUAGAUCAUUCCAAGCAGAGUAUUUCAACUGUAUAGUACUUUUUGUAUGGAUGUCAUUUAAAACAGUUUUGAAAUAAAUAAAAAAUGCCUUUACACAAAUGU